AUGCGGGAUAGUUUACGCAUGUUGUUUUUCAUCUUUGCUGUCACCUACAUUGUAGCUUUAGUGACUUAUGUUGAUGAAGAUGAAGAUGAAAUACUUGAAUUAUCAUCAAAUCAAACAUUCUUGGUCUCACUGAAGAUUCCAGAGGAGUGUGCUGCUGAAGAGGAUUUGCGUCACCUGCUCACCGAAAGGCUCACAGAUGUGUAUGGUACAUCGCCCUCUCUGAGUCGUUAUUUCACUUCAGUUGAAAUAGUGGACUUCAGUGGCAAAAAUGCCACAGUAACCCACCAUCUGCAAUAUGGGGUUCCAUCAGAUGAUGAAAAUUUUAUGAAGUAUGUGAUGAGUGAGGAGUUGGUGCUGGGCAUUUUGCUACAUGAUUUCCAUGAUCAGAACAUACCUGGUUGUGAGAAUCUGGGGCUUGAUCCAGCAUCCCUCUUGCUCGAUGAAUGAAGUGAUGGAAGUCGGACUGCGUCUGAAAGCAGUGCCCCACCGAGUCCUAGAGAUGAAGGGAAUUCACUCUGUUUUACAGAAAAGAUUCUGUGAAUUAAUUCAGAAGCACCAGGAACAACCAGGGAGGUGGAGACUCCUUUCUCUCCUGAUUCUGCACUCUGGCUCCAAGCCCAGUAAAACAGCUCCUGAGCACUGCUUCAGCUGGGUCCACUCUUGACAAAAGCAGGAAGCCAGCUAGGGUAGAGGUGAUAGAGACACGGUGUUGUUCUAUCCUUUAGGCUGGAGUGCGGUGGUGCUGUCAUGGCUCACUGCUAUUCUUGAAGCACGCCACCAACCUGCGUUCCUUUAUCUUUAGCACAGAGGUGCACUGCCUUCUUUUAGGUGGGAUCACAUAAGCAUGAGCUGCUAGAGCAGGGAGAGGCAGGCAGCCAGGUUAGGAUGACUAAGCCAAUCAUUCACUGAAAUCACCCUUUUUCCCUCCACUGUUGUAUUUGAUCUACCUCUAAGCCAGGGUGUGAAGAAAAGGAAGGCACUUUAGAAGACCUCAGUGGUGUGGCUCUGUGUCUGCUUCCAUGACCUGCACCUGAGUGUCUUAGCCAACCAGCCUUAGGCGCACCACCAGGGUUACCUGGGGAUCUAUAUAUAUAGCUACAGAUGGGAGCAUGUGUUUCUUCAUUGGUUUGCAACUCCUCAUUGUUCCUGUGAUUCCCGAACACCCUUUUUGGAAACAUGAGUCCCUGUGAGUUUUCAGCAUCCUGCUCUCACUUUGGAUAGUCAUUCCAUUUGCAUUUUUUAUAAACUUACAUUAGGGAAUCAUUAAGGCUGUGGAACAUCUACUAUGGAUAUUAUGCAUUGGCUUCUUGUUGCCCAGUGUUACAAACCUUCCUGUAGGACUCAGUGUCUUCAGACAAUGAUUGCGUAUCCUGUUGCAGAUGGUGGUGAUACAAGAAGAACCACUCUCCUGAAAAUAAAUUGUUGGAGAGUUUUGCCAGCUAUUUGGGGGGUAGGAGGAAUAUUAGGGACUGUGUUGGUUGUUUACAGAUACAGAAUUGCCUGUCUUGAGGGAACCGAGUAUUUGUUUUGUUGGGAAAAGAAAUUUACCAGGAGAAAGAGUUUUGUGCUGUAUCUUGACAGAUCUCUAGCCCUAGUCUCUCAGUUAAUUCAGCUCUGGGUUAGUCAGUGUGAGGGGCACAUGCUAGAGUAUCUGCCUCUGACUAGAUUUGACUUGAGUCUUUAUGGCCCAGGACUCUCUUUCUUAUUUAACUAGAAGAUCCAUGUACUGUAGAUCAUUGUCUCAUUUUAGGGAUUGUUCCUUAAACUAGUGAAACUAGUUGAUUUCUCUUCUUCCUCUUUAUUUUU